UGGGGAUACUCCUCAUUUACAAUGCCUGCAUCACAGAAAUUCAUGCUCAGACUGUAUCUACUGAGAACACUGCUCAAACUGGACAAGAGGCUCAAUCAGUUAUUGUAGAACCCAAAUCAAAGUGUGAUACAUCUGCAUUCAAACACAUUGAAGGUCAGAGCGGGUGUCAGAGUGAACACAAUCAGUUGCAGGACUCUAAAGGGAUGAGAAAAGAUACACAUUUAACCAUAAAGGAUGCUCAAAUGCCACAGAAAUCUCAAACUAAAGAACAGAAUCAGUCCAUGAAGAACAAUGAAUUAAAAACAAGUGUGACUGAGAAUUGUGACACUACGGAAUAUUGUAGAAAGGAAGCUGAUACCAAGAAAGCUAACACUAAAACAUUUAACACAAAUAGUAAAGGAGAAUCAGAUAAAGCUAUUACUCAACAACCUGAGAAAAAUACUGAACAGAAAUCUGAAAGCGUAACAUCAGUCAAUCAAGAAGACAAUGACACAGGGGUGAUGCCCAAGAAAGAACGAUUUGUUGUAUACCAAUGUCAUGGCCAUUGUGCAGGGUGGGGAGACAGAACACGUUCUAUCAUCAUAGCCUACCUCAUUGCUCUACUGAUGAAACGCUCCUUUAUACUGGACAUAACUGAUCCAUGUAGUCUAGAUGGUGUACUUGUACCAAAUAAAGUUAACUGGGCAAGGAGACUACCAAAUGGGCUUUCCAUUGUUGAUGUAGAACACUAUGUUAAUACAUUGCCUUCAAAACCUUUCGCUGACUUAAUAAGCCAAGAUAAAGACUUGAAUGACAUUUUCCCAGAAGAUGUUGUUACCAUAAAAAGCCCAAUAGCAAUAGUUGAACAGUUUGCACGAAAUCCAAGACAUCACAAAGUGCUUGCAUCAUUGGGGUAUGAUAUGUCAAGGUUUACUCAAUGUAGAAUGUAUGCUAUAUUUUAUGAUGAAAUUUUCAAGUUGAGUCCAAAACUCCAACAUGAGCUUGAUAUAUUUAUAUCAAAAUCCAAAAUACAGGAAGGUGGUCAGCUAAUAUGUGCACAGUUGAGAAUGGGAGGCCCAUAUAUAAAAGGAGACAUGAAAUUUAACGACAUGGAAGACCUUACAGUUGUGUGGGAUUACAUUAAACAAUGUAUAACUCCUGAUACAACUGUGUUCAUCACAUCUGAUGCUAAUGAAGUCAGGCAACAGGCAAAGAAAAUAUUUUCUAAAAGAUGGAUUGAUCAUGAGGGGUUUUCAUCUCACAUAGGAUCUGGGGAAAGGGAGUUAAGAUGUAAAGGACAGAGGAAAACUAUUUUAGAUUUCCAUUCGUUGGCCCUUUGCGAUUCGUUGAUUGUAAGCACUGGGACUUAUGGCCAGUUGGCAGCUUAUAGAAGACAGCAAGGAUUCAAUGACUUUCACAUUUUUAGCAAGAAGAAGAUACACUAAACGUCAUUUCUGGAACACCAGGCCAGGAAGGUGUUAUUCCUAGCACCUGAUUAAAUAGCACUACCUCUGCUUUUGCGUUUAUUUCAGACAACAGUUCCAGUUGUUACAUUGCUUAAAACUUCUUGAAGACAAUAAAAUUUGGUUUCAUAUUCAAAUAAAUCUUUUUUCAAAAGUGCAAAAAUGUGUAUAUAUGACAAGGAUUGAUAUCACAGGGUGGGAAUGUCUAGUUUUGGUAAAGCCUAAAUCACUUCAAAAUCUUGAAAAAGUGCAAGUUAAUUUUGCACAUUUAUUUCAGAAUGUGGUCUAUAUCUAAAAAAGGGUCUUGGCCAUAUUUACAGUAAUUUGGCACUAUUCAUCCACCAUAUUUAGUAUUUCCAACAUGCUUGUAUGUUUUUCACUCUAUUUUGGGGAAUAUAAACAAGUUUUGUUUCACUAUACAUUAAAAAGUAUAAUUGAUAUAAAUGACUUCAAAUUAAAAAUUUGGUUUCUGAACUCAAAGAUGUCAAUUUGGAAUUGAACUUAGUGCUAGUUUGAGAUUAUUUCAUGAUAUAAAUGCAAAAUGAAAAUAAAGUACUUACAUUUAUCACAUAUACAAGGCACCAAUCCUUUGCUCUCACAGAAAUUCACGCAAGCCCCAUUUAUACAAGUACCAUUCUCUACGCACUCUGUACCAUUAUCUUUGCUUAUGGGUGGUGGACAGACAGUGGUUCUCCCAUCACAGUAAGCUUUACCCUCACACGUGGCAUCAAUUUCUGCCUCUUCUUGACACACCUCAGUAGUUGGGGCAAUCUGACAGCCAAUGCAGCAUACCGUAUUGUAAGAACUGUAAUAAGAAUUCAGACAUCAUUUUAUACAAAUCUAUACAUGCAUAACGUGCAAAUACAUCAGGACAUCAAUGGUUCUCUGCAAACUUCUAGCAUCAUUUUAAUACACAUCUUUCCAUUUGAAUUCUGAAAAUUAAUCAUCGGAUAUUUGGGGAAAAACUUGACAUUGCUAUAAAAAUGCCCAAGAACAAGUGUACUAACCUGCACUUUGCAUUUGGUCUGAGAUAACAGUUAGGAGUACAACAAGGGUCCAUAUCCUUCUUUCCAUUAACGCCAGCAUCACAUUCCUCUCCCUCCUCCACCUUAGAGUUACCACAGAACUUAGCAGCUUUCUCUGAAACAAGAGGAUUUGACUUUUCAAUAUACUUCCUCAUGCUUUUAAAUUCAUAGUUUUAUUUAUAUUAUAGAUUCAUUGCUAACUGUAAAAGGAUCUGAAAAGAGACUAUGUUUAAAUUCCUCUCAUUGAAAUUACGAUGACAGCAAUAAAUAGUGUAACAUUUUGGCAGUAAAAAGCAUAUAUGAUAAUGUCCACCUUACAAUUCUAAUUUUAUUUUCUAAAAAUACUUUGAAAUAUCUGAGUUACCGAUAAUCAAGCUACAAUUCAUUAAAACAAAAAAAAUUACGCAGGAAAUUCUAUAGUUCUAUAUGUAAAAAGAAGUAAUAAGCUUGAACUUCUAAAACUUCCGAAAAAACAAAGCCUAAUGUUGACAGAGGGAACACUUUUCUUAUCACAAUUAUAUAUACACCUUUCCAUUAGCAGUCCAACAUAAUGGCCAGGUUAUAGAACGUCUACUUACGUGUGAAACAGAAAUCUGAUUUUGCCUCCAAUACACUGGAAACAAACCUCUUACUGCAUGGAGAGAAAUACUGAAAGAAACAAGACAUGAUGACACUCAGAUAACAGUUUUUACCAUGAACAAACUAAUGAGUAAAAUGUCAUUUGUUUAAAAAAUAUGGAUUUCA